GGGCGGACAGCGGGAACGAGCUUCAGGGGGUGGGGACGCGAGCUCACGACUGCUCAAUGACAAAUCGACUGGGGACAGCUGGGGUCCGGCCCCAGGACGGGGCGGGGCGCGCGUGAGAGCGGCGAGUCUGGUUGUGCGCACGGCCAGAGCGGCGGUGGGACGGGUCCCCCAGCUCCCCAUCUGGGCCAUCUGUCCGUGUGUCAUCACCUCAGAUCAGCAGGAUGGCUGCCAACAAGGGCAAGAGUCAGGGCUCCCUGGCUCUUCACAAGGUCAUCAUGGUUGGCAGUGGAGGGGUCGGCAAGUCAGCCCUGACGCUUCAGUUUAUGUAUGACGAGUUUGUAGAAGACUAUGAACCCACCAAAGCCGACAGCUACAGAAAGAAGGUGGUCCUCGAUGGAGAGGAGGUCCAGAUAGACAUUCUGGACACGGCCGGCCAGGAGGACUACGCGGCCAUCCGGGACAACUACUUCCGGAGCGGAGAGGGCUUUCUGCUCGUGUUCUCAAUCACAGAGCACGAGUCCUUCACUGCCACAGCCGAGUUCAGGGAACAGAUCCUCCGCGUCAAGGCCGAGGAAGAUAAAAUCCCACUGUUGGUCGUGGGCAACAAGUCUGACCUGGAGGAGCGGAGGCAGGUGCCUGUGGAUGAGGCCCGGGGCAAAGCGGAAGAGUGGGGUGUGCAGUAUGUGGAGACAUCAGCCAAGACCCGUGCCAACGUGGACAAGGUGUUCUUUGACCUGAUGAGAGAAAUCCGAGCAAAGAAGAUGUCGGAAAACAAGGACAGGAACGGCAGGAAGAGCAGCAAGAGCAAGAAGAGCUUCAAGGAGCGGUGCUGCCUGCUGUGAGCUGGGCAACCAGAACACAGAGAGGGCCGAGCUGCAGACCGUGAGGCCAGAGGCGGCCUCCAGCCUGGCUUCGCUCUCCACAGCCACAUUCACCGUCACUUCUUUAAAUGGGACGAUGCCUGUGUGCCGGUGCCUGGCAGAAGGAGGACACCUUCGCGCAGUAGAUGUGUUAACUUCCGGCAGGAGCUCUGAGACUCUGCCCCCCCUCCCGCCCUCCCUGAAUCCUGACAGCCUCCAGCUCUAGGGACCUAGUGCUGCAGAUCCCAGACAACUGAGUUGGGAUGACAAGAAAAGUAUUGUCACAGCGUCUUACUCUCCCUAGUUUUAGACAUCACCAUCUUUUGUCUGAAAAUUUAAAUGCCUCGUCUUAGCUGGGCACGGUGGUGCACGCCUAUAGCCCCAGCACUUUGGAGAGUAGGCAGGGAGGGUAGCUCCAGUUCCAGGCCAGCCUGGGCUACCCAACAAGACCCUGUCUCUAAAAGAAAAAAAAAUUAAUGUCUUAUUUUCUUAGGUUUUAGAAAAGGGUCUCUGGUAAGACCCCUUGUCAGUUCUUACCGGUUUAGAAGUACAUGGAGAAAUCUAAGCCCUGGUAACAGUGAAAACCGGGGAGUAGAAGCCGAACUAGAAGGGUGGACCUCGCUUGGGCCAGACAUGAACAAGCUCCCUGGCGUUUGAAGUGAAAGUGGGGUGUUGUUCUCUUCUGUUUAAAUGCCAGCCAGGUGCUGGCUGUGGGCUUCCUCUCCCCAGCACCCUACUUGGUGAGGGAUCUUUCUUUGGGGGAGAUGCAGGCCUGUGGGCUUGCUUUUUCUGGCUGGGCCAUUUUCGUAUCACUCCAUGCCCGACAGUCCUAUUCUCUUAACUCUUUUUCUUUCUUCUGAGAGAUGUGACCAGCUCGAAUUAUGUCCCAGAACGUAAAGCCGGUAGCAGCACCGGCCGGUCUGCUUCCUCUCCAGACACCCGGUAACUCCCAAUUUACAAGUGGAACGGCCAUCACCUGUCCCUCCCUAGCAGCCGGCUGGUUCUGGUGGCACUGAGAUAAGCCCACUCUUUCGUCACGGGGAAGGGGACACUGGCACCGCAGGCUGCCACUGAGCACACACAUUCCUCCCAUUUUUCAGAAGUGAAUGUUUCAUGUUCAGGUGCCGAAUGUGAAUCUGGGUGGGGAGAGCAGGAGCCCUUCGCAUGGACGGUUUUGCAGAGGUUGGGAGAAUGAGAUCCGAUGCCUGGAAACUGAUCUUGUAUCACUUCCAAAGAAUCAUGGGCUUUUUUGAAUAAUAAAAAAAAAAGCAAAAUACA